AUGACUUCUAUCUCUUUGUCCAAUGACAUGGGUCUGCCUUUAUGCGCGCCCUACUACUCUUACGGCCGCGACGAUCCUGAACACAAAACAAGCACUGGACUGGUAUUAUGUGGGGACAACGCUUUGGGCAUCCGUCUUUCAGAUGCAGAGUCGGACGCUCCGCAGUCCGAGCUGUAUACCGCUGUUUCGACAGGGCAAACCUAUGUCCGCCGAUCUGUGGACACACUCAGUGUGUACCAGGCUCCAUUCCUGAGCGAGACGCUUGCGUUCCUCAGCCACCACUAUAGGCCCAACAACUCGUUUCUAUCAUCUGCCGACCUCUCCUCUUUCACGUAUUCCGACAUCUCGUCUUCCUCGUCUGGUGACAACUCUUUGCCGUUAUAUUGCAGUAUGAGUCAGAUCGCCCCGGAGCUCCCUUCCCCGAGCUACCGGGAGUCUGAUUCCGACAUAGAGAGCGAGAGGAAUGGUACCGAGGACGAGUACAGACCGUCGCCGUCGCCGUCGCCGCUACCCCAGCCCGUCAAUCGCCGCGGGGCGGCCCGCCAGAGACGCGCCAAGGCCAGGGCUCGCACAGCGCCGUAUCCCUCCUCAUCCCAUACCUCGGCAGCCUCAUCACCCUCCCCCUCGGCAUCAUCUUCCUCUGGAUCGUCUACCGCCAAAGAGUCCCAUACCAGGAACUGCAUCGCCACCUGUUCUCCUCCAGAUGACAUCCUCCCCGACGAAGACGGCACUCUGCGGUGCCCAGUCGACGGCUGCACCCACGUCGUGCGCCCGAAGGGCCCGCACAGCAAGCCGCGGCUGGCGGACAUGCGCCGGCACGUCAGCACCCACUUCCCGGCUCUAAAGCAGGGCAAGUGGGUGUGCCGCGGCUACGCGCUGGAGGUCGCGGACCGCCUCGGCGUGCCGGGCGAGAUACACUAUGUCGAUGGCGUGCUUUAUCGGGGCGGGUGCAACGAGCACUUCAGCAGGAAGGAUUCCUUGAAGAGGCACCUUAAAGCUGUGUGCCGCAAGGUUCACGACUAG